AUGGGAGACUAUGGAGAAAACAAAGGCCCCGUUGGAGGUGUCAACCCGCCCAUCCCCUCCGUGACUACUCCUACGGGAAAUCUUAGAGGAGAUUCUAGCCUUCUCGGAGGCAACGCGGCUCGGCCUGACCCCGAGACUGGCGGCUCUGCCAAUGUCGACGACGUUACACUAGUGCCCGGCCAGGAAGCAGACGGAAAGCUCGGCUUGUAUCUCAACUUUGAUGGUGUCGAUGUCCCACAGCCGAUCCGCGGCGGACUGGGAUCCACGGAUCCGGGCCCGAGAACCUACGACUAUGAGAAGCUAAACCCCGAUCUCUUUGCCCCGCCCGGCACCGACAAGGGCGAUGUCGAGAACGCCAUGUGGCCACUGGGCCUCUCGCACAACCGCCUUGGCAGUCAAGAGGGCGCCGGAUGGGCGCGGCAGCAGAACACUAAAGUCCUUCCCGUCGCUUCUGCGAUGGCAGGUGUUGACAUGAAGCUGCAGCCUAACGCGUAUCGCGAACUUCACUGGCAUACUUCGGCUGAGUGGGCACUUAUGCUGAAGGGAUGCUGUCGCAUCGCCGCGAUGAAUGAAGAUGGAAAGACUUUCAUCGACGAUGUGUGCGAGGGUGAUGUAUGGUUCUUCCCGAAGGGCGUUCCUCAUAGCAUCCAGGCGUUCGACCAGGGCACGGAGUUCCUCCUCGUCUUCGACCAGGGAAGCUUCAGCGAAGAGAACACCUUCUUGGCCUCUGAGUUGUUCUUGAGAAACCCGUUGUCUGUACUUUCUAAGAACCUCAAGACGGAUGUUUCUGCAUUUGACAAGAUUCCCAAAGAUCAACUUUACAUCUUCAAUGGCACGCCUGCGCCAAAGGAUAUCGAGCAGCAAAACCAGACCUCUUCGGCCGGAUCGCUGACCGGUGCUGAAUCAUACACCUACCACUGGUCGCAGCAGAAGCCCUUCCAAGUCCCCGGCGGAUCAGUCAAGAUCCUCGACCCGCAAACUUUCCCCAUCGCGGAGAACUUCUCGGCUGCCCUUGUCGUCGUCCAGCCCGGCGCCAUGCGCGAGAUCCACUGGCACACCACCAGCGACGAGUGGAACUACUUCCUGCAGGGUUCCGGCCGUAUCACCAUCUUUGAAGCCCCCGAAGCCUCGCGUACCUUUGACUUCACCGCUGGUGAUGUUGGCUACGUGAAAGUUGGUGACAGCCACUACAUUGAGAACACUGGCACCGAGGAUGUCAUUUUCCUUGAGGUCCUUCAGGCGCCCAAGUUCUCGGAUAUCAGUGUUGCUCAAUGGCUUGCUCUCACACCCAAGCAAGUCGUCAAAGAUACCCUCGGCCUCUCUGACGAGGUGAUUGCUGCCAUUCCCAAGGAGAAGGAGUAUAUCAAGGUUGGCAACACCAACAUGACGGCACUGGCUGAUGGUGGACGUAACUUCAAGAAGUUUAAGGCCUAG